AUGUACUUUCCAUGCUUCUUCGAUGAGCGAGAUGUGACACGCGCAGCUCGUGGUGACCAAAUCGCCCGUGGCCAGGUAGAGGCCCAAACUCGCAGAAUGCGAUUUCAAUUCUAUGACCACGCCCUUGAGAUGAUUCUGUCUUCUGAGGCUCCUGAAGAUGACGACCUGGCGGACACCGAGUUCCUGGAGAUCUACAGGGAUGCGGCCGACCUUUACGGCCUAAUUCAUGCCCGCUACAUCGCCUCUCCGAGGGGACUGCAGGUAAUGCGAGACAAGUACCUGAAAGCGGUUUUCGGUACAUGUCCACGGGUGCUUUGUGACCGUCAGCACACUCUGCCCAUGGGUCUCUCAGAGGAUCUACGAGCGGCACAGGUGAAGAUGUUCUGCCCCAGGUGCGAACAGGUCUACUCUGCAAAGAGUAAGUACAGAGAGGUCGAUGGCGCCUGCUUCGGGAUGUCUUUCCCUCAAAUCUUUCUACAGACCUAUCCGUCCCUGAUGCCUUUGGACAUCCCGAG